AGAGAUGCAAGUGACUUCUUGGGCAUGUGUUCAGAGGGAUUUCUCCACCAGAUCCUAGUGAGCACAGCAUGUGCUAUUUUCUAUUAUUCUUGUGAACCAUGAUGGAUCAUUAUCAUGCAUCUCUGGCUUGGAGCUUUUUAACAGUCAAGUUUCCCCAAUGAUUCUCUUACCUCAUCUCUUAUAGAUUACCUUCCUUCCAAAAUGUCACUAUCCCUCUAUCUGGUUUUCUUGGUGUUUGAGCUGCAUUGUGCAUCACUCAAGAACUCUGAAGGGAGUUCUACCUGCCAUUUCCCCCAACAAAAUGCCACUCUAUAUAAGAUGUCAUCCAUCAAUGCUGACUUCGCAUUCAACCUGUACCGAAACUUUACUGUGGAGAUCCCAGAUCGGAAUAUCUUCUUUUCUCCUGUGAGCAUUUCUGCAUCUUUGGCCAUGCUCUCCCUUGGGGCCUUCUCCAGCACCCAAACUCAAAUCUUGGAAAGCUUGGGGUUCAACCUCACAGACACCCCAAUGACAGAGAUUCAGCAGGGAUUCCAACACCUUAUCUGUUCACUGAAUUUUCCCAAAAAGGAUCUGGAAUUACGGAUGGGAAAUGCUCUCUUCAUUGGGAAGCAGUUCAAACUACUGGCACAGUUCUUGGAUGAUGUCAAGAGCCUUUAUGAGACUGAAGUGUUUUCCACCGACUUCUCCAAUGUUUCUGCAGCCCAACAGGAUAUCAAUACUUAUGUAGAGAAGCAAACAAAAAGGAAAGAUGUGGGCCUCAUACAAGACCUGAAGCCAAAUACUGUCAUGAUCUUGGUGAACUAUAUUAACUUUCAAGCCCAGUGGGAAAAUCCUUUUGCUCCAUCGAAGACAGAAGAAGGUUCAAGUUUCUUAGUGGAUAAAACCACUAUGGUGAAAGUGCCCAUGAUGCACCAGACAGAACAAUACUAUCAUCUGGUGGAUACGGAACUGAAUUGCACAGUAUUACAAAUGGACUAUACCAAGAAUGCCCUGGCACUCUUUGUUCUUCCUAACAAGGGCCAUAUGGAGAGGGUAGAAUGGGCCAUGUCAUCAAAAACAUUGAAGAAGUGGAACCACUUACUGCAGAAGGGGUGGAUUGAUUUGUUUGUUCCCAAAUUUUCCAUUUCUGCCUCAUAUGACCUUGGAUCUAUCCUUCCAAAUAUGGGCAUCCAGGAUGUUUUUGCUGAAAAUGCUGAUUUUCCUGGACUCACAGAGAACAGUGGUCUUAAACUUUCUAGAGCUGCCCACAAGGCUGUGCUGCACAUUGGUGAAAUGGGAACAGAAGAGGAAACUGUCCCUGAAGUCAAAUUCCUGGAUCAACCCAAGAUAACUCUCCAUCCUAUCAUCCAGUUUGAUAGGUCCUUCAUAUUGUUGAUUUUGGAGAAAAGCACCCGGAGCAUUCUCUUUCUAGGGAAAGUUGUAGAUCCUACGGAAGUAUAGUUGGGAAAGAUGUUGCAUGAGUUUGUUAAAAUGGGAAAUAAAUAGUGCACCUUGAUGUGA